CGAAAAAAGAUAUGUAGAAACUGCCGUUCAAUUUAAUCGCUAUCGUCACGAAGUUGAAAAACAUCCUAACUUAGACAAAAUAGUAAUAGAUAAUACCUCAGAUAGAAUGUUGGCUGAUCCUCGCAUGCUUCGCUUGAUUGAGUUGGCUUCUCGGCGAUCUUUUGCUUCUAAUGAUAUUCGCUCAAUUGCUAAGGAUAAAAAAACAGAAGAAACUAAAGAAUUUAACAAUUUAGUUCAAGAAAUAAAAAUUAAUGAUCCUACUAAAAAAACUUAUGCAGAUACCCUGAAUGAAUGGGUAGAUGGUUAUAUUGAAAAAUUACAAGAAGUCUUUGGCAAAUGUCAGGAAGCAAUCCAAAGCGGAAAAAGUCACGAAAUGGAUGGCAGCCGAUUUAACGGCAAUGCUGAGACUGGAAAAGCAACUUUCCAAGCAAUUGCUAAUUCUCUUUCUGUUUCCAACCAGGAGGAUUUUCAUUUUUGA